ACAGAAUUCCAAUUUUCUCCUACCUACCACUGCCGGACUGCGGAAUCCGGAGGUAUAUCCGCAAAACCCAAGGAGAACCCCCACCCGCUUGGCUCGCCAUGGACCUGCAGCUCGCGCCACCACCCCACGCUAACCUCCGCCUCCUCCCCCGCCGCCCCAAGGCCGCCUCCGCCUCCGCCUCCACCUCCGCUGUCACCGCCGCGCCCUCCACCUCCUGCUCCUCUUCCGCGGAGCCCCUCAAGCCCCGCCCACGCCUCCCGCGCCAGAGCCCCGCGCCCAGGCCCAGGCCCAACCCCGCUCGCCUCCCCGCCCUCUGCGCUGCCAUCGAGCGGCACGCGGCGGCUGGCCGCCACGCUGAGGCCCUCGACCUGUUCCGCCUCGCCCGCGCGGCGGCUCCCUUCACGCCCCUCCCGGCCCGCACCUACCACGCCCUGCUCCGCGCCGCUGCCGCGCUGCGGGAGCCCGGCGCGGCCGCGGCGGUGGCCUGGCACGUCGAGAGCUCCGGCUUCGAGCUCGACCUGUACACGCACAACCACGUCCUGAGGAUGUACCUCGAGUGCGGGAUGCUCGCCGAGGCGCGCCAGGCGUUCGACGGGAUGCCCGACCGGAACGGCGUCACGUGGGGGAUCAUGAUGGGCGGCCUCGUCGACCGGGGCCGCCCCCGGGCCGCACUGGCGCUGUUCCGGGAGAUGUGGGCGGAGGCCGGUGGGGACGCUCCGCCGAGGUCCCUCGUGGUGGCUGUCCGUGCGGCUGCGUCCUCGGGGUCGGCGCGAGCCGGGCGGCAGCUGCACUGCUGUGUUGUCAAGGCGGGGGCGUGUGGUGACGUCGCUGACCGGUACCUGACGUGCGCGCUGCUCGACAUGUACAGCAAGUGUGGCCGGAUUGACGAGGCGAGGCGGGUGUUUGACGGGCUGCCACGUCCUCAUCGGACGACUGUCGUGGCAUGGAACUCCAUGUUGGCGGCGUAUGUUCUCCAUGGCCACAGCGAGGAGGCGCUGGAGCUGUACCAAAAGAUGUGCAGCACUCAUGUCGCCAUGGACCAGUUCACGUUCUCGACCAUGCUAGGGGUGUUCUCUAGGCUGGGGCUGCUGGAGCACGCGAAGCAGGCGCACGCUGGCUUGAUCCAGAGAGGAUUGCCACUGGACAUUGUUGGGAACACGGCGCUUGUGGACCUGUACUGCAAAUGGGGAAGAAUGGAGGACGCGAGAAAUGUCUUCGAGAGGAUGCCUAGGAGGAACUUGAUCUCAUGGAACGCUCUGAUAGCUGGAUACGGCUACCAUGGCAUGGGAGAUAAGGCGAUCGAGAUGUUCGAGAGGCUGAUAGCUGAGGGUGCUGUGCCAAACCAUGUAACUUUUCUGGCAGUGCUGAAUGCAUGUAGGUUUUCAGGUCUUGUUGACGAAGGGAAGAGGAUUUUCCAGUUGAUGACUGAAAAUCUGAGGAUAAAACCACGGGCCAUGCAUUAUGCAUGUGUUAUUGAGCUUUUUGGUAGAGAAGGUCUACUUGAUGAAUCCUAUUCAAUGAUAAGAAGAGCACCGUUCACUCCAACUGCAAACAUGUGGGGAGCCUUGCUUACUGCUAGCAGGAUCCACAAGAGCAUGCAUCUUGCAAAAUUUUCUGCCGAGCAGCUAUUGGCAAUGGAACCUGAGAAAAUAAACAGCUAUGUUGUGCUCCUCAACUUGUAUGUUAGCUCUGGUAGACAGGACAGCGCCUGCAAGGUAGUUGAAACACUGAAGAGGAAAGGUUUAUAUAUUGGUAAUGCCUGUAGCUGGAUCACAGUCAAGAAAACGGAUCACAGGUUUUUCUUUAAAGAUACUUUGCAUCCACAAAGUGCUGAAAUAUACAGGAGGCUGGACACAUUAAUGAAGGAGGUACGAGAAGCUGGCUUUGUUGCUGAGGAGAAUGAAUUGCUCCCUGAUAUUCAUCCUGACGAGCAAAAGAUAUCAAGAGCUUACCACAGUGAGAGACUGGCAAUUGCUUUUGGCCUUAUCAGCACAGCCCCACAGACUCCCUUGAGGAUCAGUCAAAGCCAUCGUUUGUGCAGUGACUGCCACAAUUUAAUUAAGUUUGUGUCAAGAGUUACCAAGAGGGAAAUCAUUGUUAGGGAUGGUAGCAGGUUCCACCACUUUAAACUCGGGGUCUGCUCUUGUGGUGACUACUGGUAAUUGGCUAAUGACUCCAAUGUUUCAAGCCAAUUAUCUGGAAAUUACUUUGAUUAAUGAGGAUAAAGCAGAUUGGUCGACCAUGAUGCUCCAAUGUUUCAGUGCUACAUGCAGGCUUGAUCUUUAAAAGUAGGCUGAAUAUGUGUCAUGUCAUGUGGCUUUCACAUUGGAGAUACCAAUCCUUAAUUGUGUCCUAUAAGGAAGGAAUAAAGCUCUGAUGUAAACGAAGGAUCAAAGGGAAGUAUAAAACUUUGAGCAUCUUG